AUGGCAUCCCUGCUACCCAUCCGGAUCUUGCCCUUGAUCCUGAUUCUACUGGCUGUCCUGGCCCCAGGGGCUGCAGCAGUAUUCAACAUCUCAAGCCUCUCUGGUCUGCUGUCCCCGGUGCUAACGGAGAGCCUGCUAGUUGCCUUACCCCCCUGUCACCUCACAGGGGGUAAUGCCACACUGAUGGUCCGGAGAGCCAAUGACAGCAAAGUGGUGAAAGCUAGCUUUGUGGUGCCUCCAUGCCGUGGGCGAAGAGAGCUGGUGAGUGUGGUGGACAGUGGGGCUGGCUUCACAGUCACCCGGCUCAGUGCCUACCAGGUGACAAGCCUCGUGCCAGGAACCAAAUACUACAUUUCCUACCUAGUGAAGAAGGGGACAUCCACCGAGUCCAGUAGAGAGAUCCCAAUGUCCACACUUCCUCGAAGGAAGAUGGAAUCCAUUGGGCUGGGAAUGGCCCGGACGGGGGGCAUGGUGGUCAUCACAGUGUUGCUCUCUGUUGCUAUGUUCCUGCUGGUUCUGGGGUUCAUCAUAGCCCUGGCACUGAGUGCUCGAAACUGA